AGUAUCUCUGCAGCCUCUGCUACCGUUAUACCAUGCACGCGUACACUAGUGCACAGGAUAUAGAGAUCCAUGAUUUCCGGUUGCUGGCGAAGGCGUAUUUUAUUUUUUCAGUUUUUACUUUGCACUUGAUCUCUCACUGCAUGGUGCUUCUCUAGUGGUAUUUUCCACGGGACUAGCCCGUUUUGGCUGGAUGGAUAUUUUGCUAUAAAAUACUGUAAUAUGGACGACAUGUGCCGAUAUGCGUGUGUUAGCUGUUCUGUAUCGCUACAUCAACAUGUACCUCUGUAUAACUUGUACAAAUGAAUCAUAAUAGCGAACGCGCAAUAUAACUUGGAUAUCGGCUGAAGAGUUCCUAAAAAUGGUAGUAAACCUCCAGUUUCGUUUGAAUGCCGUGCAUCAUGGUCCUGUCCUUACUGUAUUUGACGAAUCCUGGCGAGGCGGAUGGAACACGGUGGAAGUGCGAGACCCUAACGGUAUUUUUCGACGCGCAGCGGUGAUCAAUGUCCAGAAGGACGGGCAUUUCGUGGUGGAUUUCGGAUAUCCUGGCAGGCGAGCGGAAGUGGUGGAGCAUGGCAAGGUCUUUCGCACUGAUCAUGGGCCACCGCCGUUUUAUUCGGAGAUGAUGGAUGUGCUGAUUCGUGAAUUUCCCACCCACCCGCCGGCAUGGUAUCCUGCCAUGGACCUCGUUUUGCAAAUGAACAGUGCUUCCCCGAAUGAUGCGCACACCGUCGUUCGGGUGCAGUUUGACAAUGUACUGCUGACCGAAUCCAUUUCCACAAAACAGCUGCGCAUACGACCUUCUGAAAAUUCUAUAAAACGGCGAAUUAUAGCCAAAAACCACUUUGUCAAGAGAUGUUUGGAGGUGCCUGCAAAGCGUCGCCGCGAAUUUUUAUUAGAUUCUCCAGAUUUUCGCCAUCUCUUCAGAAAAAUCCUCAGCAUGUGGCAAAUCUUCCCGGUUUCUUUGUCUGCAAAAAAAUUGGUUUACAUCCAGCAAGAAAAUUCUGAGCCGCUCUUAGUGGCUAGUUGGGAUAACAUCUGUAAAGAAUUGUUAAACCUAUCGCCAAACCUGCGACAUCUGGGGAAUUACACCGACAGGAAUUUAUCCAUGACAACGGAGAUCAGCGACGCCCAGUUAUCCGUGUUGCUUCCAGAAUUGCUAUCCAGUACUUUCCGGAUGCUGGACUUUGUGGACCGCUUACAGCAGCGCCGCGUCUGCCAAUUAUGGAAUGCCAUCUUCCUUGCCGACGACGCACAAGAAGUCAGGAUAACGUUUGACCCUUUAAGCGGCGAUUCCUGCAAUAGUGAUCUGCAGUACACGUUCACCGUCUGCAUGCUAAAAUGCGUGACAACAUCCAACCAGUGCCUGAUCAUUCAGAAAGCACGUCCCGGUGUGCAGACUUUCCAGUAUUGCUGUAAGGACAGCCUCUGUCUGCUAUGGUUGGAGCAAGCCCUGUGCCAACAGCCCAUUGGGAAGAAACGCACAAUCGCUUUCUGCAGCUUCCUCUGGCUGGCCGACGGCAUUGUGUAUGAGUGCCCAGUCAAAUAUUUGGCCGACAAGUGUCAGCAGCUGGCGUCGGUUUGUAGCACGGUGAUGUGGAGACACUGUAGGAUCUGUUGUGAUGACGCCAUGUACGACGAUCAUAUUUGCCUAUACCAUAGUAGUACAAAUGAAGACCGUGAGGUGUACGGGUCCAGAUACGGCGAUCUCCCGCUGUUCAGUGGGAUAGUCAAUCCCCUUUCCAACGACCUUUUUUGCGACCUGCUGGACAUUAUUGAUUGCAAUUUACCGGUUGUUGGACCGGAUCUGACGGUGUUGUCCGAGUGGAUUGACGCGGCGCCGCCCAGUGAUUCGGGAUGGAAUGCGAUUGCUUAUGCUGUUCGUAAUUACUGGUUUCGGGAUCCGCGGUCAAAAGAGAGCGAGCAGAACUGGCUGGAUUUUCGGCAUCGUCGCUGCGGCUGGGACAUAGCCAAACUACCAAGGCCCGUGUUGUACGCGCUGGCCCGCGUCAUGAUUUUGUACAAUCGGAGAAGAAUGAAAGGAAAAAGUCGGCUAUAUGUCCCUGCUGCACUCUCCAUAAACGCUAACGCGAUUGCUGCGCGUUUGAAAAAAAUUGUAAAAAUGAACUAAUGCCGGGUAAUUACUGUCAAUAGUACUGAAUACCAAGUGGACCUGCCGGAAGAAGAGGAGUGUCCGUACUCCGUAUUGAUAAGACUUGGCAAAUUCGAGUUUAAUAAGAUGUACAUAAUAAACUCUGUACUACUGUGUGUAUAAUAUCGUGGCAUUUUUGGGUUUGCGCGUGUUAAUACAGACAAACGUCUUGGCGAAUGCAACUACCCCGGCUUUUCAUGUCAGAAAUACAUCGUACCGGCAA